CAGUGUUUAUUUAAUCCCGUAAAGGUUAGCUCCCUUUACCUCACACAACUAAACGAGUUUUCAAUACUGGACUAGUUUGUUAUUACUUCCUUAUAGCAACAGUUCUCGAAAUUGUGCUUAAAUCGGGUUUAUUUUGCUUUGGAUCACAGUUGGCGAAUAAAAAACAAUGGGUCCAAAAAAGAACAAGAAGAAUCAAAGCAAUUUCAAAGAGCCUGCAACUACAUCUACAAGGAAAGCCGUACGGAGAGCAUCCCGACAAGCGUCAGAUGCUAGCAGUUCAGAGGCUGUCUCUCCACCGUCACCAAGAAACAGACAAUGGGGUGCUAUGCGUGAUACUCCAUCAUGCUCUAGCAUAGAGUCCGAAUCAUCAUAUAGGUCACAUGAUGGUAGACCUUCCAGAAAACGGUCACGCGUUGUGUUUGAUGAAGACAGUCGGUUUUCGGUAGAUUUUGAAACAUCGUGUGAUAGUAGUGUGUUCUGCACUCAAUGCAAAGCAAGACAAGAAGAAGUUGCCAGAUUGAUGGAGGAAUUAAGUGUCCGGGAAAAGCUCGGGGAACAUUUAGAAGAAAUGGAUGCAAAAUUUAAAAUUGAGGAGAAAUCAAAAGAAGAAGCUUUGGCUUGGGUUAAACAGGAACAAGCCAGCAACGAAACACUGAAAGUAGAGCUGGAUGAAAUGCGCGCCAAAUAUGAAGAGGAAAACAGACUUAAAGAUGAAGCUUUGAAUAGACUGAGUGCCAUAGCAUCGAGCAGACUGCGGGACAACAACGCGAAUAUUGCUGAUUUAAGUGAUCAGAACAGACCAACAAAGGUGGCUGAAAACUUUUCUGAGCUGUAUGACAACGAGUGGACAGAUGCUUUUGAUGUACUUCAGGAUGAACUUGGUGAAAAGGAGACCAUAGAUUUCCUUCUGAAUAGUUUGAUGGAAUCAUUUAAAAUAUGCCAAGAAAUUUCCUCCGAAAAUUAUCUUGAAAAAGUCCAACGCUUCAUUGAAUUCCCAGUACAGAGGGAACCUUCGGGUAACACUCAAUGUGAGCUUCCAGACGAGUUGAUUCAGCAAAUAAAAGAGUUCCGGAAGUCACGUGCAACAUACGUCAUCAACGUUGUUAUAAAGGAAGUAUUAGACAAAGUACAAUCCAAGUAUGACAGUAAGGAAGAAGUACAGGCGUAUAAACGCAAGUGUGUCGAGUUGUGCUGGUUAAUGGUUGUACAGAAUCCACCACUGAUCCUAUCAACAACCGCUCAACAACAAUUUGAUACCAAUUUGUACAAGGACUAUACCAAGCGGGGGAAAUAUGUAGACUAUGUGGUUUGGCCAGCCUUGUUGCUUCACGAAGGCGGUCCUCUCUUAUCAAAAGGCGUGGCACAGGGUUGCAAAAAGCAGUCGUAGAUGACGAUAAUAAAUAUCUGAUCUGCUCCUAUAUGUACAAGUAGGAGGUCCUGUUAUAUCAAAAGACUUUUGGCAAAGGAUGCAAUGACCAAUUAUAAACAAUUUUUAAUACCUCAAAUAUUUUGCAUUGUAUAUGUAUGUUGUAUAUAUUAAAAAUCUGUUCACAUAAGUAAACAAUAUAUAUAUUAAGUAAUCAGUUUUAAUCAGAUGUAAUUUGCUACAAGAAAAACGUGUAAAAAAUAUAAAUUCAAAUAUUCAAUAUUGAAAUAUAUAUAUAUAUAAAGUAUAAAAUAAAAAAUAUGAAGCAAAAUUCACAAUGUUUAUUUGAAAACUCUUUUCAUUUAUGUAAUCGAAUCGAAUUUGUAUGUUUUUGCGCAUAUAUUUUUAGUAAUGUUUUGUUUGGGAAUUUAGCUGAAUAUUAAGAAAGAGAUGUUUUUUUUCUUACCGUUAAAUGGUAGCUUUCAUAAUGUGGUAUAAUCCAUUGUGUUUUCCACUUUAAAAUGCGUAUAACAAAGUAUUAAUAUAGUAAAGUUCUAACAAAAAUACUGCUAAUUUUACUUUUGAUUUUUAUGAUUACUUUACUUCAAUAACUUGCUAAGCAGAAAUAUCCUUUAUGUUCAUUUUAAUCAUGUUUCGUUUGUUCUAUAUUUGAAAAAAAAUGUAAUCAAAAAUGUAAUCUUUAAAAUAAAUUUGACUUGAUUAUUAACCUUA